AUGACGCUGACGCGAAAAACUUCCGUUGCCGCUAAAAUACCUGUUCAAACUGCCAAGGCGAUUGAAUCAAAAUCGAAUGCCACCCCCAGAUUCACUGACGGUGCGUCAGCUGAACUCGAGUUUGGGGGUUCAUUUGGUGCUGCACUGUUGAUGAUAGGAUUCCCUCUCUUGAUGUGGUACAUGUGGAUUGGUGCAACGUACUAUGAUGGCAUGCUUCCUCUUCCUGCUGCCAACCAGACCUGGGCUGACUUUGUCGUCCUCCUAUGCAAAUUGGUUUAUGAGGGAUCGUAUCCAACUGCGAAAGCAUGGGCAAUAUACUGGACAUUCUUCAUUAUGGAGGCAUUCAUGUACUGCUAUAUGCCUGGAGUUUCCAAUCUUGGCCGCCCACUGAAGCACGAAGGUGGUAAAAGACUUCCCUACUACUGCUCAGCGUUCUGCAGUUUUUAUGCGACGCUAGCCAUCGCCGCAGUCUUGCAUGUUACGCAUGUAUUCCCUUUAUACACUCUGAUUGACGAAUUCGGAUCUAUUAUGAGUGUCGCCAUUUUGUCCGGCUUCCUGAAUAGCUUCAUCGUCUACAUCCAAGCUAUAGUGCGCGGACGGACCCACAGAUUGUCGGGUUCCCCUAUUUAUGAUUUCUUCAUGGGCGCUGAGCUGAAUCCUCGCAUCGGUAUCCUGGACUUCAAGAUGUUCUACGAGGUCAGAAUCCCGUGGUUUAUUUUAUUCCUUAUCACCUGCUCUGCCGCGGCUCGCCAAUACGAAACAUAUGGCUACGUCUCGACCGAGGUACUAUUCUUGAUUGGAGCACAUUACCUGUACACCAAUGCUUGUGCCAAAGCCGAGCAGAUGAUCAUCACAAGCUGGGACAUGUACUUUGAAAAACUGGGUUUUUUACUCACCUUCUGGAACAUGGCUGGUGUGCCCUUCACUUAUUGUCAUUGCGCCCUUUAUCUGGCAAACCAUGACCCAUCCGAAUACCACUGGAACCCUUAUUUCCUUUCAAUAUUUGCUGCAGUUUAUAUCUUCUUCUACUGGGUGUGGGACAGUGCAAAUGGUCAGAAGAACGCAUUUCGUCAUAGGGAAAAAGGUCAGCUUGUCAAGCGGAAGACAUUCCCUCAAGUACCGUGGCAGGCUAUCGAGAACCCGAAAUCAAUUCAAACCGACACGGGCGAUAAUAUCAUGGUUGAUGGCUGGUUUGCAAUAGUCAGAAAGCCAAAUUAUGUUCCCGACAUGUUUUUUGCUAUGUCCUGGGGACUUAUCACCGGAUUUAAGAGCCCAUUUCCCUGGUUUUAUUUUGUUUUCUUCAUGGUUAUGAUCACCCAUCGCACGAUUAGGGAUAUCAACAGAUGCCGAAGGAAAUACGGCGACGCAUGGAAGCGCUAUGAGAGAGAAGUUCCCUACCUGUUCAUUCCAUAUGUGAUUUAA